GAGCCUGCAAAGAAAAGGCCUGUGCAGCUUAAUGACCAGCUCAGAAGCUGAUCAUGGCGCUCUUCAAGAUCCUCGUUCCUGUCCUGAUCGGGCUCGGCGUCUACUAUUUCUACCCGCAAGAAACUUUCUCUGCAGAGAUGGUGCGAGGGAAGCGCGUGCUGGUGACGGGUUCGAGUUCGGGCAUCGGGGAGCAAAUGGCCUACGAGUUUGCCCGGAUGGGCGCCCACCUCAUGCUGACUGCCAGGAGGGAGGAGCAGCUGCAGAAGGUGGUGCAGAAAUGCCAGAAGCUGGGUGCCAGUUCUGCCCACUAUGUGGUUGCGGACAUGAGCAAUCUGACUGCUGCCCAGAUGGUUGUUGAAGAAACUAAAGCCCAGUUGGGAGGUCUUGACCAGCUGGUUCUGAACCACGUUGGCGGAACCUCGUUUGGUCCAUUCAAAGGAUCAAUGGAGUCGGUGAUCACGUCGAUGAAUCUGAACUUCUUCAGCUACGUCCAGUUAACCAUCUCUGCCAUGGACCUAUUGCUGGCAUCUAAAGGGAACCUCGUGGUCGUCUCCUCCAUGAGUGGACGUCUUCAGAGUCCUUUCAGCGUCCCCUACGCAGCAGCCAAGUUUGCCGUGGAAGGAUUCUUCACCUCGCUGCGCACCGAGUUGCGCCUGCGGAAGAUAGAGCUGCCCAUCACUGUGGCCGUGCUGAGCUACAUUGACACCGAAACGGCCGUGAAGUCUGUGGGCAACAAAAUCACCCAGAGGCCGAGUCCCAAAGAAGAGUGUGCCCAGCAGAUUGUGAGGGGCGGAGUGUUGCGUUACCGCGAGGUCUUCUAUCCUUAUUGGGCCCUGAAGCCCACCCUGGUCUGCCAAGCGCUGCUGCCAAACCUGGUGGAUCAAGCCAUCGGCUACAACUACAGGCUGGAGAACAUCCUCUAAAACUCCCGGUUCAAAGGAUCACCCAGCACCGCCCUCCGUGUCUCCCAAAGAUCGGGACCGCUUGCAUUUACCGCAAAUGCAAGGGGAAACGAAACGAAAGCCCCCACCCUGUAGGAAGGAUAGUAAUGGACAAAAUGGUGCCUCCCCCCUUCUUUCCUCAGCUCACCUUUAUUCUGGCACAGAAGUUGGAAUCCUGACCUGUUCUCCAAACGUAGCAUUGUGUAAAAACACCACAGCAAAUCCAACGCUUCUCGGGUGCCCGAUUUUUCAAGCCCUGUAAGGGAACCUGCAGCCAAAUACUUACUGAAUAUACAAACUGCGCUCCUGGCAAAGAUAAGAAGCGGGACCCGUAGUACAUAUGUAGUAAAGGAAGCAUUUUAGUAAAGGACGUCACGCCAUAGUGGACAUGCUGCAAACAUCCCGCUCGUAACCUUGACUAAACAGGAGAAAGAAACAAAACUACUGGUGCUUUUAACCCCUACAACAGUGAUUCUCAACCUUUUUAAUGCCGCAACCCUCAACUGGUCGUAAGUCGGGGACUACUCAACCGGUCGUAAGUCGAGGACUACUCAACUGGUGCAACACCCUUUGCAGAAUGGGACUUUUGG